CAUCAACGCAAAAAACGCGCCGUGAAAUCUUCGUCAAAGAUCGCGUCGCUUGCGCGAGUCGUCGCAGUCGGAUGUUCAUCUUCCUGAGCAAGAAGAUCGCGAUCCCGAACGGCGCGCAGCUCUGCUGUGCGUCAUGGAACCCGGAGCAUGGCUGGAUCGCCUGCGGGGGGCAGAGCGGCCUCCUCAAGGUGCUCAAGCUCGAGUCCGCGACCUCCAAGGAAGGCAAGGGCACGCGUGGCAUCGCCGCGCAGAGCAACCUGACCAUGAACCAGUCGCUGGACGGCCACGCGGGCUCGGUCGUCUGCGCGACGUGGAACGCCAACUACAAGAAGCUCACGACGAGCGACGAGAACGGCCUCAUCAUUGUCUGGAUGAUGCACCGCGGCAUGUGGUUUGAGGAGAUGAUCAACAACCGCAACAAGAGCGUCGUCAAGGACAUGAAGUGGAGCAGCGACGGCCAAAAGAUCUGCAUCGCGUACGAAGAUGGCGCCGUCAUCGUCGGGUCCGUCGACGGCAACCGCCUCUGGGGCAAAGAGAUGAAGGUCGACUUGUGCUUUGUCGAGUGGUCGCCAGACGGCAAGCACCUCGUGUUUGUGACGAAAGAAGGCGAGGUGAGCAUCCACGACGGGUCGGGCAGCAAGAUUGGCACGCUGCCAUUGUACGCGGUCGACGCCAAAGACAAGAAGUACAAGAUCAUUGGGCUCCACUGGUACGACGGCUGCGAAGGCCACGUCUCCGAGGACGCGCCGACGCUUGCGAUUGCCUUUGCCGACGGCAAGGUCCAGAUCACGCGCGGGCGCUUCGACGAAGCCGCUGUGCUCAUUGACACGGGCGUCGAGCUCACGCAGUGCAAGUGGAACUGUGACGGCACGGUGCUGGCGCUCGCCGGCACGCAGUCGACGCGCUCCAACGCCGGCGACGUCCGCGAGUUCAAUAUCGUCCAGUUCUACGAUCCGUUUGGCAGGUACCUGCGGUCGCUCAAGGUGCCGGGCAGCCGCAUCGAGGCGUUGGCGUGGGAAGGCUCGGGUCUCCGCAUCUGCUUGGCCGUCGACUCGCACAUCUACUUUGCCAACAUCCGACCCGACUACAAGUGGGGCUACUAUGCGUCGACCCUUGUGUUUUCGUACAACCGGUCCGAGCAGGUCGAGAACUGUGUCGUGUUUUGGGACACGCGGUCCGACGAGCGGUACAUCAAGAACGUCCGGUCGCUCCUCUCGAUCAAGGCUGCAGGCGACAACUGCGUGCUCUGCGCCAAAGUCGUCAACGACAACCUGUACGCGGGCGAGGGCCACAGCGGUCCCGAGACGCCCAGCAAGCAGUUCUCGCUCGUGCUAUGCGACACGAUUGGGUCUCCGAUCGAAACCAAGAUCUUAGAUCUCGAGCCGCUCUUCCUCUACAUGACUGCGCGCUUCAUCGUGGCUGCGGCUGCCGACGCCAUUUACGUGUGGCAGUACCGAACGUCGACGGCCAAGCUCGGCGACGUCGGCCGCGGCGGCCGCGAGCGCAUCUUUUACGUCGACGAUAGCCAAGGCAGCGACGUCGAAGGCUUCCGCUACAUGCCCCGGGCGCUGGAAGACCCGAUCGUCGCCGUGUGCGCGUCGGACGCGUGGCUCGUGGUCGGACGCGCCUCGGGCAUGCUGCACUGCUUCACGCUGCCGCACAUUUCGCUCGAAAUGAAGUACAUUGUACCGUGCCGGCCGCAACUUCUUGCACUCAACUCCAACUCGACGCAACUGGGCAUCAUCGACAUCAACAACGUGCUUACACUCAUGGAGCUCGGGACGUCGUCGGGGAAUACCAACCCGCUUCCUGCCAAGAUGCUGCCGUUCGAGAAGAAAGACGCAUGGGACAUGAUGUGGGCCGAGGACAACCCAGAUCUCUUUGUCAUGAUGGAGAAAGCCCGCAUGUACGUGUACCGGUCGCUCGAGGCGGAGGAGCCCGUGCUCUCGUCCGGGUACCUCUGCACGUACAAGGAUCUCCAAGUCAAAGCGGCGCUCCUCGACGACAUCUUGAGCAGCCCAGAGCAGACCGACAAGAGUCUGAUCAUCGACUACGAGACGCGGUCGCUGCGGGACGCACGCAACCUGCUUGAAAACGUCGGUCUUGCCGAAGCAUGCGACUUUAUCCAGGACCACCCGCACCCACGGCUCUGGCGCCUCCUCGCCGACGCCGCGCUCGAGCAGCUCGAUUUUGCCAUGGCCGAACGCGGCUUCGUCAAGUGCAGCGACUACAACGGCAUCCAGUACGUCAAGCGCCUCCAGCUGCUCAACGACCGCACCAAACAAAAAGCCGAAGUCGCCGCGUACUUUCAGCGCUUCGAUGACGCGGAAGCGCUCUACCGAAAAAUCGACCGCAAGGACCUCGCAAUUGAGCUGCGCAAGCGCCUCGGCGACUGGUUCCGCGUGCUUCAGCUCGUACAGUCGGGCGGCGGCGACGACACGCUGCAAACGCAAGCAUGGACCAUGAUCGGUGACUACUACGCUGACCGCCACAAGUGGGAGAAAGCCAUCAAGUACUACGCCCAGUCGAACGAAACCGAGGCCUUGGUGCAGUGCCACUACACGCUCGGCGACUUUACGACGCUAGAUGCGCUCGUCAACGAUUUGCCCGAAGGCUCGCCGCUCCUCGAAGAGAUGGCCCGCAAAUUCACCCGGGCGGGUCUCUGCAGCAGCGCCGUGAAUGCGUAUCUCAAGCUCCACGACAUCAAGGCGGCGAUCGACAGCUGUGUGCUCCUGAACGAAUGGGAACGCGCCGUCGCGCUGGCCGAGACGCACAACUUUCCUCAAAUUGAGAGCGUCCUUGCCAAGUACGGCGCGCACUUGCUCCGGAACGGCAAGACGCUGCAAGCGAUCGAGCUCUACCGUCGCGCCAACAAGAGCAUGGACGCUGCCAAGCUCUUGGGGAAGCUCGCAAAGGACGUGGGUCGCAACCCGCUGCGCGCCAAGAAGCUCCAGAUUCUGUCCGCGUUGGAGGUAGAGCGCUUCCGACGCAAGAUGCUCGACACGACGGCCCUCGCAACCAAGACGACGGGCGCGACCGCGGCGCAGGUCACGGCGCAGACGCUCGAAAGUCUCGUGGCCCACGACGCGGCGACGAGCGAGAGCCGGUCGCUCGACAAUGCCUGGCGUGGCGCCGAGGCGUACCACCUUCUCUUGCUUGCGCAUCGACAGCUGUACAAAGGCCAGCCCGAGCGCGCGCUUCGGACGAGCCUCAAGCUCGGCGCGUACGACGACUUGCUCGAUGGCCGCGAGGUCUACUCGCUCAUCGCGGUGGCUGCGUACUAUACCAAGCACUACGAGCAGUGCAGCCGCGCGUUCAUCAACCUCGAGAGCGUCCUGGGCACAGAGAAGGAGAAGGAAGCGCUCGAAGCGCUGGCGCUGCGUAUCUUUGCGAGUACGCGGCCGCAAGACCCGCCAACACGCCCGUACGACUGUCCGGGCUGCAAGCACGCAGUGAAGGAGUGGGCAACGCGCUGCGACAAGUGCAGCAUGAGCUUCCAGACGUGCAUGAUGAGCGGUGCGACCAUCUUUGACCACCGCACGUACCUCUGCAAGACGUGUCGCCACGCGUGCAUCGAGCACGAGAUCCGCGACCUCAACAACUGCCCGCUGUGCCACGCGCCGCUCAAAUAAGAACGCGGAGCUGUAAAGAUUCAUUCGAGAUGCACGAUAUAACGAGUG